UGUUAGCUUUUAGUUGGUGGUCUGUCCAUUCAUCUAAUGCACCAAAUAUACCUCCAUAUUAACACCACCACCCUCAUCCAUCUUUUCCGGCCCCGGACUUCUACCAUGGGAACCACCGUCCAGAUCAUCAGAACUUCCAUCCAUACUUUCCUCCACCACUACAAUUUCUUCUCAGCCGCUGCCAUUUUAGCACUCCCAUUCUCUGCUUCACUUCUCCUUUCUUCCUCCUCCCUUCUCCCUGAUUCCCUCUCCGUCCAUUCCCGACUCCGGUUACUUUUUGACGCCGCCGGAUUCCCCCCUCAAUCGGAAUUCUUUUCCAUUCUCAACCUCAAACUCUCCCAAACCAUCACCUCUUCAAUCCUAGUCCUGCCCUUUACCCUCUCUUUCCUCCUCAUCGCUAAAGCAUCCGUAAUCCAAUCCCUUAACAUCCGCCGUAAACCACCACCCUCCCUCGUCCGAAUCUUCAUUUCCAUCUUUGAAACACAGAUUUGGAACACCUUGGUAAUCAUAUCCGCAAACGCCACUUGCUUUUGGGUCCUUUUUAUUGCCUUCAACUGCUUGGAAAACCUCCAUAUUCCCUCCCUAUUCUUCACCGUCGUCGGAGGAAUCACAUAUUCCAUCAUCAUCGCCAAUGCCCUGAUCAUGUGCAACCUGGCACUAAUCCUCUCCGGAAUGGAACUCAACGGUGGGUUCAUCUCCAUUCUCAAAGCUUGUGUGAUGAUCAGAGGAAGAACUUCAAUCGCUCUGUCAUUAGCUCUGCCAAUUAACAUGGCGUUGGCCGGAAUCGAAGCCCUCUUCCAGUUCCGGGUAGUCAAAGCUUACUCCGAUUCCGGGAUGAACAAACCCACUUCACCCAUGGUGCUAGAAGGAUUGUUCAUUGCUUAUUUGUACUCCAUUCUCAUCAUAAUCGACGCCAUAACUGGGUGUGUGUUCUUCAAAAGCUGCAAAAUAGCUUACGAUCAGAACACGGUGGAUCAUGAAGCAGGUAGGAUCAGAUUCAAGGAAGAAGACGAUGAAUUUGCAUUGAUUGAGUAAGGACUUCUGAUUGUUUCAUGUUAUAUGCACAACUGUCGUUAGUUUGGUUCAAAUGGGUC